UGCUACAAGUAGUCUAGCUCAAAAUAUAUCAAGAAAAUACGACACCGUUUUCCUCAACAGAAGCAGUUUCCCAGCUGGUUUCAUCUUCGGAACAGGUUCAUCAGCUUAUCAGUUUGAAGGUGCUUGGAACGAAGGUGGUAGGGGAGUAAGUUUGUGGGAUACUUACACUCACAAAUACCCAGAAAAGAUAACCGACGGGAGCAACGGGGAUGUAGCAACUGAUCAGUAUCACCGCUACAAGGAAGAUGUGCGGAUUAUGAAGGAAAUGAAUACGGAUGCUUAUAGAUUCUCCAUCUCAUGGACCAGGUUGUUGCCAAAUGGAACAGUAAAUGGGGGUGUGAACAAGGAAGGAGUCAAGUACUACAACAAUCUCAUAAACGAACUCCUAGCCAAAGGUUUGACACCUUUUGUGACUAUCUUCCACUGGGAUACUCCUCAAACUCUAGAGGACCAGUAUGGCGGUUUCUUAAGCCCACGCAUUGUGAACCAUUUCAAAGACUACGCAGACCUUUGUUUUAAGGAAUUUGGAGACAGAGUAAAGCAUUGGGUCACCAUCAAUGAGCCAUCUGUCUACACCACGAAUGGUUACGUAAGUGGGAUUUUUGCGCCGGGCCGAUGUUCGGCGUGGCAAAACGCUAAUUGCACCGGUGGGGAUUCAGGGACAGAACCGUAUAUAGUUGCCCACUAUCUGAUCCUCUCUCACGCUGCCGCAGUCAAAGUAUACCGGGAGAAGUAUCAGGAAUCUCAAAAGGGCUCGAUAGGAAUAACACUGGUAAGCGACUGGUAUGUGCCGUAUUCAGACGCAAGGCACAACGUGAAUGCUGCAAAAAGAUCCGUUGAUUUCUCGCUAGGAUGGUUUUUGGACCCAUUGGUAUAUGGUUACUAUCCACAUACCAUGCGAGUUCUAGUAGGAAACCGAUUACCAAAGUUCACCAAAAAGGAAUCCCAACUUGUUAAAGGGUCAUAUGACUUUCUAGGAAUAAACUACUACACUAGUAACUAUGCAGCUUAUGCGCCUAGUCACAAUAACUUGCAACUCAGCUAUAAUACGGACUCUCGUGCAAACGCUACAGCCGUACGAAAUGGUGUCCCCAUUGGUACACAAGCUUCUGGUUCAUUCUGGCUUUAUGCCUAUCCGCAAGGACUUUAUGACCUUUUGAUGUACACGAGGACAAAGUAUAACAAUCCACUAAUUUACGUGACGGAGAACGGUGUUAGUGAGAAAAAUGAUCCCACAUUAUCGCUUAAACAAGCCCUAAAUGACACCCACAGAAUUGAUUACCACUUCAAACAUCUCACUAAACUUUCAGAAGCUAUCCGGGACGGGGUCAAUGUGAAAGGAUACUUUGCAUGGUCAUUCUUGGACAACUUUGAAUGGGCUUGGGGUAAAACUUCUCGGUUUGGCAUUUACUAUGUGGAUUUCAACAAUGGGCAAAAAAGAUACCCUAAACUCUCAUCACACUGGUUUAAGAAAUUCCUCAAGAAAUAAUGAAGUACUACACUCUUUAGAUCUUAUUAUUGUAGUGAUGGAGAGUUCUUUAAUCGUCGUUUUUCUUUUGUUUUGUAAUAAAUAUUGCUAUCCCUUGAGGACUGAUCUUUCGUUUAGUUUUUAUUUAUUUAUUGUGGCGUCAUUGUGUUUGUUGUACGACAAGCCGUUUUGCUGAAAUGGACCGCACAUUUCCCUAAUUUUCAGCUUGUUCUCGUGUUAGUGGAGGCCUAACUAUUUGGCUGCUUUGCAGAAGCUUAUUGCUCUGAGAAUUUAUGAUUAAUGCGAUAAAUUGGGAUCAAU